UUCAGGUGCUAUGCAAACGCUAUGUGUCGAUUUCUGCAGAAUUGUUUGAUGAUUAACUUAGAAAGGGAAACUCCCCUGUAAUUGACCUCCUUUGCAAAGUCCACUGAACAUCCAUGCCAGCGCUAAGACUUGGAACGGGAAUUUGGUUGUUUCUUCUGCUGUCCCAGUUGACUGCAACUGAACUUUAAAGAGAGCACUUGCUGAUCCGCUCCGAAGACUUGCAGUUGCAACCAUGGCACUCGUCUCGGCUCUCACGCCGAUCUUUGUGGCUGUGUUGUGCGUGGUCAUCGCGUUCGUUUUCCGAAGCUUUCAGAACACAGAGACGACUUCGAAGCCGGAGUCCAAACCCACGGGAGACCACAGGCCGUGGGUCGACGAGGACCUGCAGGACGACACGGAAAUCAGUUCCAAAGACAACGAGGGUGAUGAUUGGGUGGACAGCGGUGAAGAGGAGGACCUCCCCCAUGUUCCAUACACCCCGACGCGGUACCAGUCAGAAGAGAUGCUGGAACGUUCUAAGCAGUUCUACUCACUCCUGAACCAGAGGCGCUCCGUGCGGUUUAUUAGUCCAGAACCGGUUCCUCGGGCGGUCAUCGAUAACGUCAUCCUUGCUGCAGGCACGGCCCCCAGUGGUGCGCACACGGAGCCGUGGACGUUUGUGGUGGUGUCCGACCCCGAGACCAAACACAAGGUCCGCCUGAUCGUGGAGGAGGAGGAGGAGAUCAAUUACAAACAGAGGAUGGGCAACAAGUGGGUCAAGGAUCUGGAGAGGCUCCGGACCAACUGGGUGAAGGAGUAUCUGGAUGUGGCUCCGUAUCUGAUCCUGAUUUUUAAGCAAGCCUACGGAAUCCUGCCCAACGGCAAAAAGAAAACUCACUACUACAACGAGAUCAGCGUGUCAAUAGCCUGUGGUCUACUACUGGCUGCACUGAAUAAUGUGGGGUUGGUUACUGUGACGUCGACACCUCUGAACUGUGGGCCGCAGCUGAGGGCCCUCCUCCGCCGUCCAGCCAAUGAGAAGCUGCUGAUGCUACUUCCUGUCGGCUACGCUGCAGCCGAUGCUACCGUGCCCGACCUGAAACGCAAACCCCUGGACGACGUCAUGGUCUACAUCUGAUGACAUUACAGUCUAUAUCCGAUGACAUCAUGGUCUACGUCUGCUGACAUCAUGGACUACAUUUGAUCCAAUCAACAUUUUCUUACACUUUCUUACACUUUUCAUACUUUUUCCUGAUAAACUAUGUGUAGCAUGAAUCGUGGAAGGAUAGUCUUUCUGGGCAACUUGACGUGAAUGUGUUGAAUGAUUUGACAAGCUAAAAGUGGAUUGAAUUAAAGUCAUCUAGUCAUGACUUUUAGCUGUAUUGUGAAUGCAACUAAAUAGGUACUUAUACCAGAAUGUAGUGUGCCUUUAUGAGACACCUUAUACAUUGUGAAUCCUGUGUGAGGUAUCACAAGAAUAAAAGAUGAUAGUUUUCCGGU